CUGUGGACUGCUGGAGAGCAGCUGGGCCUGGGUGGGGGGGGCGGUCCCUCCUCUCGUCCUUUCUUCCAAAUUGGCCAUGGGGCCGCGAUCGUGUUAGUCGAUUCUGUACUCCGUAGUAUACUAGUACGUGUAGCGCGCCAUGUGGGCCAAUAUCAUCGUGGAUUUAUCGUGGAAAUGCGGACAGUGCAUCGUGGAUAUCGUGGAUAUCGUGGAUAUCGCGGACAUUCGUCGAUGCAAGGUACACGGUAUUAUUACUGCCUACGGAUCCCGUGCUACCUACCUACUACUACUAUGUAGGUAUUUACUUACCUACCAACGUAUCCAUACCCAUCUCUCCUUUUCUUCUGGUUCUCGGCUCUCCCCAAUAGUGUGUUAUCGGAUCGGGUCAUAUAUCUUUCUCAGGAAGGAAGUAGGGGGGCCCCUCUCCAUCUCCUUCGGAACCGCACCGGCGCGAAUCUCGGCCGUGGCUGCCGCUGGUUCCCAUCGUUGCAUCUCUCUGCCUCCAUCCAUCCGCCCCCCCGAGAUAAUUCCAGACUGCGAAACGCACAUCCUGGCCAUCUCAUCAAAUUCUAGAGAUGGUGAAAACGUCAUUUGCCCGCGUCGUUUGCCGUCCAUGUCGCUCGCGCCUUUCCUCUGCUGCUCUCUUGCAAACCUCUCCCAGUCCUUCUGACCCGCCCCCAUCUCCGAAGCGGUCGGUGGGAGGCUUUCUCGAGGACCGAGGCACACGCGCACACACCUAGCCCCCACUCCGCUUUACUCCAAAUUUCCUCCAACUCCGGGUCCCCUCUCUCCCCCCUCUCCAAAUUC